GUUCUCCCACAGUUUCUCGCGUAUUGUCUUGCGGUUCUCACGUGUUACUGCACUUUUCCCGACCUGGUUUGACGGAGAGCAGUGGCAUCUUGUCCUGAGCUCAUAGUCGCGUAGUUAGAUCGAUCGCGCUCGUCUCCGGAGGGCGGCAUACGGAACGUGACUCACGCGUCUAUCAUUGAUUUUCCUGGUAUCCUCGCGGAGUCCGGCUCGUAUGAGUCGCCGUCACGACUCAUUAGCUGUCUCUAACAAUAAACACUAAUCUGCAAGUGUUCUGGGGUUAGGUCAGUAGUGAGUGUAGCAUGCCCAUGUCAGGGCUCUCUCCCGUCUCCUGGGCGCAGGAGACGUUGUAGAGACCUAGUGAUGUUCUCAGCGCUUGCAUAUCAACUAUCUACUACAUUCCUAGAGGAGCAGAAGUGUGGUCGGCUGGUGGGCGUACCGCGCACGCGCAAGAUGUCUAAGAAGCCGGCGGCGGCGCCCACGCUGCACAAGGUGAUCAUGGUGGGCUCCGGCGGCGUGGGCAAGUCUGCGCUCACGCUGCAGUUCAUGUACGACGAGUUUGUCGAAGACUAUGAACCCACGAAGGCUGAUAGCUAUAGGAAAAAGGUGGUGCUGGACGGCGAAGAGGUGCAGAUCGACAUCCUGGACACGGCGGGCCAGGAGGACUACGCCGCCAUCCGGGACAACUACUUCCGAUCCGGGGAGGGUUUCCUCUGCGUCUUCUCCAUCACCGAGCCAGAGUCAUUCGACGCCACGCAGGAGUUCAGAGAACAGAUCCUGCGCGUGAAGAACGACGAGAACAUCCCGUUCCUGCUGGUGGGCAACAAGUCGGACCUAGCGGACAAGCGCCGCGUGCCGCUGGACGCGUGCCGCGAGCGCGCGCACCACUGGCAGGUGCCCUACGUCGAGACCUCCGCCAAGACACGCGACAACGUCGACAAGGUGUUCUUCGACCUGAUGCGCGAGAUCCGGUCGCGCAAGUCGGACGAGGCGCGCGCCACCAACGGGGACGUCAAGGGCAAGAAGCGCAGGCGCAUCAAGUGCAACAUAUUGUAGGACCACCCCGGCACAGGACUCUCAACCGAAGGACUAUUGGUGUCCUCGAACGUUAACUUUUAUAUAGUGGUUGUACGCAUUUUCUAUACGAUUCUAGCUUGGCGAAGUGAACGGUUCGGGCACAACGCCGAUGUAGGCAAUUAUAAUGGCAGAGUUGAGUGUAUGAUGUCGUCGGCUGAUGGGUCACUUCUCAGAGGGAUAUUUAGCCUCUUAAUGUAUGAUAUUGUAACGAGUCAUUACGACUGGUCGUUUAAGCGCGCCGCGGCCAAAGCUAACUGCGUGUGCGCCGAUAUUGUAAUCUAGUUACGACUAGUACGGGUUAGGACCUAUACUCAGAGUCCUGUGAACAAAUGAGCUGAUAUCAUAAUCUACAAUGAAUUGGAGUUUAAGUAUAGUUAGUACAGUGAAUAAACAUGGAAUGGAAUGGAAUUGUUUUUUUAUGCAAAAUUCAACGAGAAUAUCGACUUGAUGUGCAAAUACUACCAAUAGUUCAUUUGUUUUUGGACUCAACAAAGGUCCGUGGAAGUCAAAACAUGCGUCCGUGUAUUGGAAGCCAAGUGACGACCGGGGUGACGCUCUAGCUAGAGUACCACCCAUAUUUUAAGAUAUUAAGUCGAAACUUACUCCACUCGACUUGGCCUCAGCUGAGUAAGGGAGAGAGCGCGGAUUGUCUGUCUCGUUAGAAGGCACAGGGAAAAAAUUAGAUUUUUUGUGACCUAAAGGUAAACAACGUAAACAGUAGUGUUGCCGAAAAAUCGAUAGUAAACAGCCAAAAUCAUGUACCCAACCGAUAGGCCUACCGAUAGUAUCGAUAGCUCUUUUUUGCCGAUACUGUUGAUAAGCAACGAUAGUAUCGAUACUAUCGCUAAAAAUAACAAUCGAUACUAUCGAUAGAGUCGAUACUAUCGAUUAAUUAUCGAUAUUAUCAUUUUUUGGUAAACUAUCAAUAGUUCGAUCGAAAACUAUCGAUAGGGCGCUAUCGAGCUGUAACACUAGUAAACAGUCCAUGAAUUCCUUGCAAAUGGGACAGACGUCACGCGAUCGUCACGGAACGUAGUUGAUAUUUUACUAUAGGAUAAGCAGCCAGGCUAUGUAAAAAUGUAAUAUGAAAUUCGCCCGUUUUGGUGCUGGCAUUUUACGAAUACUGUUACCGAUUAAUUGUUUGGGAUCCCAAUCGAACUCGCGCUAUCUCUUUCUAGCAUCAAGCAUAAAGGACGGCGCUAUUUUUCGAGCUAUAAAAUCGGCAACGUUAUAAAAACACCACAUUAUGUAACUUUACUCAGUAAAUUAUCCCUGAAUAUUAAUUGAGUACAGUAUUCAAUUAAUUAUUGUUAUAUUUAAGCUUUGUGCUUGCAUGUUAUUUUGUAUUGUAACACCGAACUCAUUCCUAAUACAAAUCAUGUAAGUAUCUGAAUCAUGUUCGUUUCAUUGCUAAAUUUGUCACAACAUUUUACUUUUGAGAUAUAAUUCUCACACUUUGUAUUAGCAGGAUGUAAUAGGUACGGCACAAAAUUAUGUCUACAAAAGAAAACACCGAACAUAAUUUAUAACGGGCAUUAUGUAAAAACAAAUUAAAAAAACUGUGACAAAAUUAGCAAUUAAACGAGCAUCCCAGCCAAUGGUCGCGGACAAUAAGCGUAAGGUACCAUAACGUCAAUAGUUCAUAAUAGUGAGUCAAGCUGGACACAGGCGGCGAAGAUACUGUCUUAAUAUGACGGUACGAGAAAAGAAAGAGCCUUAUAGUUCUUUCUCACUCUCUUUAGAGCAAAGUUUCCCAACCUAGUUUGACCAGAGAUCAUUAGAUAUCUUUGGCUACAAAAAAGUCCCAAGAAUUUGAAAAUCAACUUCAAUCUCUUAUAUAUAUUUUUUAAACUUACUAAGUAUUGAAAUUAUUGCAAGAAUUGAUCGAAGGCAAAAAUGUAAUAGAAGUACAUAAACUGCCUAUAUACGUCCCACUGCUGGGCACAGGCCUCCCCUCAAUCAACCGGAGGGGGUAUGGAGCAUACUCCACCACGCUGCUCCACUGCGGGUUGGUGGAGGUAAUAGAUGUAAUUAACAAUUACUUUAUUUUAUAUAUGAUUCUUGCGACCCGUACUGUGUAGAUUACAUGGGCCCAGUUGCCUGAAAUAAAUGAAUUAUUGUCCCCAUAUUAUUGCGUUAUCUUAAGAUAAAAUAUUAUAGUAUCUCAGCCAUUUGUGCUGCGUAACAUAAUAGACGUCAUGAUGUGCAAGCAAUCGGACGAGUAAUGUAAGUUUUGUAUUUAUUUCUAAAUAAGUGCUAAUGUGUUGUGUGGUGAGUGGGGGCGGCGGCCAUGUUGGCUAGUUAACACAGGUUGUUCAUAUAAAAACAGAAAAGUAGUAUAUAAGAUUAUUUUUUAACGAAGGUUUGUCGAGCAAAGUAAUAAAGAAAAUAGUUAAUAAUUCGCAGGGCGAUUUUUCUUAUUUUUUCUCGAAUUAGGUAGGUCCUAAAAAUAUCAAAGUUUCCGGCCCUUAUGUCGUAUUUAUAGUCUUUAAAUGUUUUAUAAGUAAGUAUAUUUCCCCAAAUAUAUAUGCAACCUGUGUUAACUAGUCAAGCGUGAAGCCGUGAUCGUCCAACGCAAUUUGUAUGUGUGCACUGCUCAUGUACGGUGAAUGUCAUCCCUAGGAUAGCUUCACUCCACCUAGGCUUUACGUGUCUCCAGUAUAACCAGACACCUGACAUUGAGGUCAGAGCCUCGCAGGGGUCUCGUUAUACUGGUCUAUUUAUUGUUUCUCAUUACAGCAAUAUUAUGUGUCACAAUUUUUGUAACGAUGUAUGUUAUUUCCGAAUUAUUUGCUUAAUUUGACCGUGGCCCGCUAUGUUUUAACUGUGGAAAAGUACUUGUAACGUCUCCAAAGGAGAUGUGGUGAUUGGUAAAGAAAUGAAAAUACUCUUUUAUUUAUUUAUCGGCUGCAAUUUUAUGUACUAGGUUUAUAGACGAGUCUAUUGAUCGGUACAUCGCGUGUGAUAAUCAUUGUAUAGAAAAUAAAUCGCAAUUUGCAACCAUCUACGAUGCAGAUAAACAUCUAUGUUUGAUGUUUAUUAUGUAAUUUGACUUAGACGUGGCUUGGCUCUGCUCACGUCGCUAAGGAUAACAGGCGUGUCUAUAAAGUCAUUAAAAACAUUAGCGGGCAAAAGUCGUGGUUUGUUUCGAUUGUAAUUGUUAGACUCUUGCUAGUUCAUAUCUAUGUAGUUGUCUACGUGUUUAUACUUUAUAUACACGGCUCCAAAAUUAAUGCAUUCUCAACGAAAAUGAUGAAAUUAAUCGAUUAAAACUAUAUAUCCCAACGCGAAUUCCUAUAAAUUCGAAUUAUUUUUUUGUAAUCAUUACAAAGCCUCAAUUCUAAUUAUGAAAUAGUAAUAAUUUCAAUAAAAAACAUGUUUUUAAGUGAAUAAAUAAAUGCAAUAAUGAAAAAUAGCAUAAUUUCUUGGCAUACAAAAAAUAGAUUGUAAAGUACGAGUAUGUAUGGGGCCCGGGAGAUGGUCGCCUUUACUGCCAGAAUAUAAUAAUAAAUAAUGAGUAUACAUUUAUCUAUAAUAUUUCGAUGUAGCUUGGUUCACGAUACAAAACAAUACAUAGAACCUCAUACAUAAUGUCCGCAUACAUAAAUCCAUAAUUAUCAUUUGGUAAAUCCAUAGGCAGAUAUUUGGUCGGGGGCUUGGCCACAUUGAUUGAUUCAUCUAUAAAAAAGCAAAUGUCAAAUUGCAAUAUUCCUUUUUAGAGGAAUGAUAAAACUGCCUAUUUCUCCCAUCAGGUGUCACUACUGUUGAGUGUUUUUUUUUUAUAAUUUUGACAGUACUUCAUAUUAUUUUACAAUUAUUGUUUAUACUAUACCUCUUUGCGCAGCGCUUAACUGCAAAAUCAUAGUGUUAUAUUUAUUCCCUAAAGAUCGGAAAGAAGAAAACUUAGACAAACAUAUUUUCAUUGAAAACUACCUUUUUCCAUCUGAUGGCUUUUCUUUUUCGUAACUCAUCAUUCGGACGGGAUACACAUGACAUUGCUCCACAUUUUGGAAAGGAGGCCUGUACCCAGCAGUGGGACGUAUAUAGGCUGUUUAUGUUGUGUUUAUCUGGACAGUAUGAAGAACUGACAAAUUUUAGGAACAUUCAAUAGUGUUGCCGCAUUUGAGCUAGUUUUUAUCCUCAUUGCUUCGAUGUGGACUUUUUAGGCCUCCUGAUAAUGAAACUGCACUUAACAGGCACAUAUGUACAGCUAUAAGUAUAGGGCGUGAACCAGGCGAGAUCCUCGUACCUGUUUAGAGGAAGAGUAGACUACACUACAACUGGAGCUCUUACAAACAUUGUAAAAAUAGAAAUUAUCUCUUGAAUCUCAGGUGUUAAAUAGCUCCAAGUUAAUGCCAUAUGCAGCAGAUACAAUAUCACAUAAAAAAAAAACAAUAUAAGUAAACUGUAACGCCUAUCGGUUAUUAUUAGGCUCGGGGAAAUAACAAGUCUUUGAAAUACAUUAUUAUUGCAUUAGUAUUUGUUACAAUGAAUUAUAUGUUUCGCAUAUUUCUGCCUAUACUUGUCUUCUAACUCGAUGCUAAUCUAUAAUUACAGAGAAAUGCAUAAGUAUUUCUAUAUAAAAUAUAGUUUCGCAUGGAAUCAGACAGGUAUUGGUGCUAAUUCCUGUAAACACCAUCUAAUUUUAUUUUAAGUUAUAUCUGUAAUUUUCUUAUCCGUCGAAAAAGAAAGGGACGGGAAGUCGACAGGCAUAAAGUUAUUAAAGAUUUUACAUCGGCCAAUAGACAGCACGUCAAACGGAUUACAUACUAGCGAGAUGUCUAUUUUAUUGGCACGGGUUAUUUAUUCAUUUUAAAAUUAACUUGUUGACAAUCAUCCGUCCCUUUCCUUUUCGGCGGAUAAGAAAAUGACGGGUAUAACUUAAUAUAAAAUUAGGAUGUGUCUGCAGGAAUCGGGGCCAUUAUCCCAGUUGUGGUGUCCUGUGUACUCGUGUACCGAUGUUUUCCUAUAGGCUAGGUUUAAUUCCCAAUGUAUGGAGUAUCGAGCUGUAUGUUAUAUUGUAUUGUAAAGCAGACACAGGAACAAAUUUAUAAUGGAAGCGAUAACAAGCUGAAAUAUACAGAUUUGCAAAAUUA